UGUGCAUCAUCAUGGGAAUAAGGGGAAUUUGGUGGGGAAGAGGAUGGCUGUUGAAGGUUUGUGGAAUACUUCUAUUUUGUUGUUUGUGACCUUCUCUUCUCUUUUUUGGAGUUCGUGCUGCGAAACAAAGGUGUUCCUGGAGAGUAGGACAGUAUGCUACAGGAAAACUAUACGCUCCUAACCAUGAUAUAUCUGAGUUAUGUAUAGAAGACCUGCACUAACCUUCCUUUAGCCAAAUUACUCGGAACCCCCAUACCAGUUGCCAAACCGUCGUCUUCUCGCACUUGGACUUGGCUUCCUAGCUGGUAUGAGCUACGGACUCACUACUUGAGAGAAGUAGGAUUUCUUGCAAGUCUAUUUCAAAUGAUAGGUUAGUCAUCAUCCUCCAAUAAUUAUGGUUUAGUAGUUGACGUGACAACACAGGCGCAACAAUCUUCUGGAUAUCUGGCUUUACUGCCUUACCACCAAUCUAUGAUCGGUUGACUUCAACAGCAGCUCAGAAUGGAGCAUACGUACGUCCUCCUAUUUAACAGACAAUUAUUUCAAGGCAUGAAGUUCUUCUUCCAUCUGUGUCACUACUAUUAGAAAACUCCCUCAGAAAAGAGCCUUCAGGUGCCUAUACCAAAAUUUCUACCCUCCACAAGCCCCUCAAAAGCUAAUAUCAUGAUUACCAGUGGCUUCCCCAAGUCCUCGGCGGAACAGGCUUCAUCAUCUCCGGCACACUAUUCAUGCUAGAAACCCAAAAGAAAUGGUACAAGUCCGCCUUUGGUAUCCUCGGGUACGUCAUUCUCCCUCUUUCUCUCUCCCUUCCCUCCCUUCCCCCCUUUCUCAAACAAAGAAAGAAAGAAAGAUCCGACUAACACACCACUCCACCCAGCUGGCACAUCGGUGCCUGAAAACUCGCCGGCGGAAUCGGCUUCACGCUCUGCGGCGUCCUGGGCUUCGCGAGUAAGAAUCGUGGGUGUGUGUACCAGGGAGCGCUAGCGACCUUUUGUGGCUCGUGGUAUUUUCUUGUGGGGAGUGUGGUGCAGUGGUUUGAGAGUUUGGGGAAGAAUCCUGUGGGGGGUGAUGGAUUACAGGUAGGGGUUAAGGGUGGUGAGUGGUGAGUGGUGAGUGGGGAGUGGAUGGAUAUAGUGUGGAUGUGGUGUGGAUGUUUAUAUUGCUUUUUGCGGGUCUUUGGGGUUGUUGAGGACGAGUAGCUAGGUAGGU